CUGACUAGUUUCAGGCGAACCUGCGAGCUGUCAACGUACCACAACAAAGUAGGCUUUGCAAGUGCAUUGUCUGAGAAACUUAGCGAAAAAACGCAAAAUGUGUACAAAAAGACUAAAAAAGUUUUACUACAGUGUGGUUAUUUAGCAUACGUGUAAUUUGUGAAGAGAUUGGAGUGCAACACAAAGAUGCAUAGCGCGAGCUUUGAUAGUGAGAUUAGCGGCAAGGAUGGAGGAGAGGUUUUGGUGGCGAUUGCUGCUUUGGUGACGGAAGGUCGAAUUCCGGGCAAGCUGAGCAGCAAAACGAAGGGCUUCUAUGAAGGGCCGCAUUGUCCCUUAAACAAGACAGCGAGAGAGCAUAGGUGCGACCUAUCCAAUCUAUUAUGCUCAACCUACGAAAAUGUGCGUUUGGAGGUUUUGGAUCUAUGGAAGAAAAACAUUCCUGUUUGUUUGGAAGUGCUUCUGACUUGUCCUUGUAAAAAUAACGUGACUAUAAAAUCACCCGAAACAUACGACGACGAUUUUCUCUUGGAAAAGUGGUAUUUCAGCAUCAACCAUCGAAGAAGUGCCGAACCACUGUUUUUCAAUUUUGUCCAACUGAUGAACGCAAUCCGGUCCCAAUUGUAUUUUUCCCAGCUCACGGCCUGGCUAACAGUCCAGGACGAGAACAGUCCAAUUAAAAUAACCGACAAGAACCUCCGGUACCGUCUGACAUUGCCGGGAGAGACGUUCGAAUCGUCGCAGUUCACACAAUCAGCCGUCAAACACGAAUUCCCGCUCACAGAUAUUGGGAACGGGUUCACAGCCACUGUUUCCUUCUUCAGCCUACCACGGAUGUCAGCUUUGCCCGAAUUCGCGUGCUUGAAGAAAAUCCACGAAGGGAGUAGUCUAGUGGACGACCGCAUGCACACCGUGUGCACCCUCAAGGGCAAACACCGCUGCGAAGACUUCGAAGAAGUUGAGAAUGUGAAGAGUCAAAGGGCGAUUAAAAUCACGAGGUUCAAGAAACCGCACCCGUCCACCUCCAGGCCGAAGCUGACGGUGGACGUGCACAAGGCGAACACCUACCAGGAGAAGAACCUCCUCAACAGCCAUAAAAAUGAUCUCAAGGUGCAAGACAAGGGCCAGCUCCUGCUGGACGCGAUCGAGCGGAGCGCUUUGAAAAGUACAAACGAGCGAAGAUGUGAUGAAAACUGUGUUCAAACCGAACGGAAUGAUUGUGAUACGAGCGAACGUGAUAUUUCUAGUAUUAAGGGUCAAAGCAAAUAUGACAUAGUUGUAGAAACUUGUGAUAGUCCCAAAGCGAGACACAAAACUGAUGUUGCCACAAACAUCGAACAUGCAAUAAAAGGGAUGAGGAAAAAGCUGACACUGGACGAUGAGGUUGGAAAGAGCGAGGCUGAAAUACCGUCAGCGUUCGAACAGGCAAAGUUUCGCAAAGAUCUGGAUAAUGCAGCGUCGAUGGUUUUCCAUUCAAGGACUGGCUUGCCGCUGACUAGCAGUCCAGCGCCUGUCCGGAGAGGAAAGUCGUGCUUUGAUUUCGACUCCAGUAUAAAUUCGGUUUCAGCGAUCAAAAGCGCUUUAUUUCCGACCAGUUUUUCGACGGAUGAGGAUAGUGAGAGUGAUGGUAGUAUUGUGUCGCCUUGCAGUCCCGAAACUAACACCGUUCCGAAACGGGAAUUGUCACCCGUUAAGUACCGAAGGAAAGGGCAUGCAGCUAACUUGUUAGGAAGUUUCGAAGAGUCGGUUUUAAACGGCCGUCUCGAGCCAGUGUCAACCGUCCAUGGCUUCACCGCUGAAUUAGGGGCCAGUGGUUCUUUCGUUCCUAAACAUCUAGUUGUUCCUGUUACUGUAUUUUUUUACACUUUGGGUGAUAACGACAAAGUUUCGUCUCCAUACCUGGGCCACAUUAAUUUAGGCAAAAAGGGCUACAACGUCCCAAAGACAGGCACCGUUCAAGUCACGCUGUUCAACCCUUUAGGGACUGUUGUAAAAAUGUUUGUUAUCAUGUACGAUCUCAGCGACAUGCCGCCCAACUCUCAGACGUUCAUCCGGCAAAGGACGCUCUACAUGCCCACCAAUUACAAGGAGGCGAACGCGGAAUGGGGGCCUAAGUGGCUGCGCUAUCUCGUUCAUUUGAGGUUUAUCAGUUCCAAGUCCGGAAAGAUUUAUCUGCACAGCGACAUACGGAUGAUAAUUUUCCGUAAAAGUGACCUGGACACGGCCACAGCGCACGGCAUUGAUAUGAGCUACGAGCUGCGCAGCUUCACUCACAUGCCAGUCAAUCCUAGGUUUUCCCCCAGGAAGUAACUAGAAGUCAAAUUAGAAGAAGAAUCACCACGAAUUCCCAGAAGCGUAUUCAAUCUACAUUAUCAUAUUUGCUGUUCGUUAUUUAGUUGUUUCGUGCAGAAGUGAUGGAUUUAGAGGUUUCUUUGCGAAUAUUCGUUAGGAAAAUAUAGCUCACAACUGCCAUUGUUGUAAAUAUAUGUAAAUAUUGAUUCUGUUUGGAUUUUUAAGGACAAUACUGGUAAACAUCGGUUCAUUUGACGAAGUCUUAGAAUUAGGCGUUGAUUAUUUUUUAACUACGUGGAAUUGGCAACUUCAAAUUUUUAGAGUAGCACCAGUAUCUACAUCAUAUUGACAACAUAUAAAGUUAUAAUUAUUAUGAGUAUCAGAGAUAUUUAUUAUAAUAGAAUUAUAUUAAUUUUGUAUUAGUAAUGAAAAUAAAUGUGCAAAAAUA